AAAAGAAAAAGGGAUUAAACGGUGCGUUUUAGGGAGAGCAAAGGUCCUCUUCAAUCAUCAUCGUCUUGUUUCACCGCGUGUCUGGGCUAGGGCACCGCAAGCACCACCAUCAUAGUGACCAAAACUAUCAGCAGGAUUAAUGGCUACUUUGAGAAGCCUGAAGAUCAAGACAAGUACGUGCAAACGUAUAGUGAAGGAAAUGCAUUCUUAUGAGAAGGAGGUUGAGAGAGAAGCUGCCAAAACUGCUGACAUGAAGGAAAAAGGAGCUGAUCCUUAUGACCUCAAACAGCAGGAAAAUGUGUUGGGUGAAUCUAGGAUGAUGAUUCCUGACUGCCGCAAGCGCCUUGAGGCCUCUUUGGCAGACUUAAAAGGAAUACUGGUUGAGUUGGAGGAGUCAGGUGAGAAGGAAGGCCCUGAAAUUGAUGAAGCUCGAAACACCAUUGCAGAAGUUGAAAAAGUAUUUGAGACAACAGAAGUUUAGUUGGGCGGUUUAAUUAGUACUUUCAAUGGAGGAAAUUUUGCCUGUAUUAUAUAUUUUCCUGAUCACAAACAAUCAUAUUCUUCUUGUUGCAUGCGCCCCCUCCCCAACUCUAGUUCUAUUCUGUAGAACAUCUGAAUGAAUAUGACAUCGAAAUACUUUUCUAAGCUUUAUAAACAUGGUGUCAAUGUUAUAUCAAAUAUAUGAGUUAUUCACAAACUAU